AUGACCAACUUUGUGUCUCUUGUGCUGCUUGUGUUUAUUGUGUCAAUUGCGUUUUUGGUGGCUGUGCUGGUGGCUUCAGCAUCUGUGGCUCAGACCAAGGCCCCUGACACGUUCCUGUUGACCCUGCAAGCGGAGUGCAGUGCAUAUGUGGCGCCGCUCAAGUGCUUGUCCUUCUUGAUGGCCUUCAAUUGUUCCCUAGACGCAACUGGUGGCAGUGUUGCAACCAAGCAUGACAUGCUCUUCAAUGCCAAAUACACCACCAACUGGACUGUUGAGGUCAACUACAACAAGCCAAACCAGCCAGGCUUCUCUCUGCACGCCUGGUGGAUCAAAACGCCCUUCACCUUGGAAGGCCUUUUGCCAAAGGACCACCCCCACUUUAGUGUGAUUGCGCCCUUUGCCCCAGAGCACCUUCCCUGUCCUGGUGCUGCUGCUGAUGUGAACUGCACCAUGGUGUACUUCCCCAUUGUGAUUAGCUACAACAGCAGUGGGCUGAACAUGACAACAACCUUGUCAGCUUGA